AUGGCAAGGGAUAUGGAAGUGGAGAAGGUCCUGCAGCUUAUUCCGCCGGCACAAUCAGAAGCUACAACAGCCGCCGCUGCUGCUGCUACUAGUCCAGCAGCUGAUCAAGCAAUGCUGAUAAGCAAAGGCACCACAUUUAUCAGAACUUGCUUCAAUGCAAUCAAUUCCAUAUCUGGUGUAGGGAUCCUGUCAAUGCCAUUUGCACUCUCCCAGGGAGGAUGCUUGAGCCUGGCACUCCUUUUCUUGGUAGCAAUCCUCAGCCUGUACACAGGUUUGCUCGUGCAACGUUGUAUGGAAGGCGACCUGCUAGUCAAGACAUACCCUGACAUCGGGGAGCGAGCCUUUGGAGCAAAAGGCAGAGUUACGGUUUCAAUUUACCUCUACCUGACGCUCUACUUGCUGGCGGUGGAGUUUCUGAUACUGGAAGGGGACAAUUUGAACAAGCUGUUCCGAACAAGCUUGGGAGUUUUGGCCUAUGUCUCCAUUGGCGGGGUCGUGGCUUCUUUUGCACUGGCUGGCUGUGUUUCGUGGGUCGGGGCGGUCGACGGAGUCGGGUUCGGCGAGAGCGCUGGUCGUCUUCUGAGGUUGGGGACGUUGCCUAAUGCUGUCGGAUUGUUCACAUUUGGGUUUAGUGCACACUCUGUUUUCCCCACGCUCUGCAACUCCAUGAGGGAUAGAACUCAAUUCUCCAAGGUCUUGCUAAUUGGCUUCCUGGUAACCUCACUCACCUACGGAUGGACAGCAGUUGUUGGAUACCUCAUGUAUGGAGACCACACAAAGUCUCCAAUAACCCUAAACCUUCCCGUUGGGAGAAUCAGUUCCAAGAUCGCAAUUUACACCACUCUGGUGAACCCUGUGACCAAAUAUGCAAUAGUCAUCACUCCAAUUGCAAAUGCCAUCGAAGAGAGAUACAUCUUUUCCACCAACUACAGUCAACUUCUUAGCAUUCUGAUGAGAACCCUAAUCUUGGUCAGCACCGUCGUCGUUGCACUAACUGUUCCUUUCUUCGGCUAUAUCAUGGCAUUCAUGGGCUCAACGUUAAGCGUGAUGGGGACGAUGUUGCUGCCUUGCUUGUGCUACAUUAGGAUUAAGGAGUUGGGAAGAAGAUUAGGGUUGGAGUUUAUUGUGAUUGUGGGGAUCUUGAUCUUUGGUGUUGUUGUUGGCGUGGUGGGGACUUAUACUUCGGUGAGACAAAUUGCUAAACAUUUGUGA